AUGUCGAUUGAAAAGUGCGAUGAAACUAGCCUGCCUGUGCAGGAUCAGGCUUCUCAGUACAACACCGUCCUCGCAGCUCUGGUUGCCUCACAUCCGCAAUUGAGAUCCCGAACUGAUUGGAUCGAACGAGGACCCAACACAAACGACGACCCCGUAUCAGCUCUGGAAAAGGUACUUGCAUGUGUCCUACACUCGUACCCUCGUAUCGCGGACGCGAUGCACGUAUGUCACGGCUUCCAAUCAACAUCCCAAUCCCGAUAUCUCGACCCCCGCCUACUCAUUGAUCAAGAGCAGGACGAUAGCAGUCGGGGCAUCUACAUGCUCAUAUUCGAGGGGGAUCAGUACGAUGAGAGGGAAGGCAUCUAUGUGGGGAAGACAUCGACCUCGUUCAAGAAAAGGUGGAAAGAACACGGAUCGAAGCCUGUCAAUGACAAAGUCGCCCGGGCCAUAUCGAAAAAUCCCCUGGAGAUUUUGAUGAAUGCCUUACUGGGCGCGACACAAGGAGCCAACAUGAACUGCAACAUCGUGGAUAAUGGGUUCAACCCCUGGACAUGUACCUUGACGAGCAGCUGCGUGCAGCGUCUUUACGAUCGCACCUUUGCCUUUGCCACUGAACACGGCUUUCUGCCACCAAGAAUGCUGUUUUGCGGACUCGACAACGACGGAAACAGACAGCAUAUCCCCAACUCUGUGGCCUGGAGAGCGGUUCUGGGCGACACACUCGUCCAUGAAGUCACAGUCACCUUCGGGGUCCAGCUGAAUACAGCUAUGGGUAUCUGCCUCGGUCAAUCGUGGUAUAGCGCCUACAAGCAGUUCGGGAUGGCUUCGCGAAUGGCGAAGCUGCAAGCCGGUUGGGAUAAGCAGAAACAACAGCAUAUCAGGGUAGACAAAAUACGCAGCAUUGCGAUGACCUUGGCUUCAGAUCAAACCAACCCAGUCAAGGACGAGACCUCGCCAACUCCCGCAGACGGCAUGGAAGCGACGACAUUCAAGGCCCUGGCGAAUCCGGUAGCGGUGACGAAAUUACGCUCCGUGAUCUUGGCUUUGGAUCAGACCAACCCGGUCAAGGAAGAGGAUCAGAUGCAAAGGCAUGUGUACUAG